GUGUGGGCAGUGUGGGUGCAUGCGUGGCAGCCCCGGCCGGCGCCCGCUCGCCGCCUCACCUGCGGGGAGGGGCCUCCCAGAAACUGCCUUCUCGGUGCCUGGCCACCCCACCUCGCCAGAGCCCAGCUGAGCAGCCAGCGAGGACACACGCCCGCCGCCUGCCACCCGCCUGCACCGGCCGAGCCCAGCCUGAGCGGCACCUGCCUUUACAACCAUGUUCAAGGGUCUGAACAAAGGCUCCCAGGGAAAGGGGUCCCCUAAGGGUUCCCCGGCCAAGGGCUCUCCCAAGGGCUCCCCUAGCAAGCACAGCCGGGCUGCCACCCAGGAGCUGGCCCUUCUCAUCUCCCGCAUGCAGGCCAAUGCCGACCAGGUGGAGAGGGACAUCCUGGAGACCCAGAAGAAACUGCAGCAGGACCGAGUGCACGGCGAGCAGGACCAGGCCCUGAAGCACCGGCAGGAGGUGGGCCGCAGCCUGAAGGAGGCCGAGGUGCUGCUGAAGGACCUCUUCCUGGACGUGGACAAGGCCCGGCGGCUCAAGCACCCGCAGGCCGAGGAGAUCGAGAAGGACAUCAAGCAGCUGCACGAGCGGGUGACCCAGGCGUGUGCCGAGUACCGCGCCCUGUACGAGAAGAUGGUGCUGCCCCCUGCCGUGGGGCCCAGAGUCGACUGGGCACGGGUGCUGGAGCAGAAACAGAAGCAGGUGCGCGAGGGCCGGUACGGACCCGGCAUGGCCCAGCUGGAAGAGCAGAUUGCCGAGCACAACAUCCUGCAGAAGGAGAUCGAGGCCUAUGGGCAGCAGCUGCGGAACCUCAUCGGGCAGGUGGGGGAUAUACAUCCCUGCCUGGCCCCUCCCCUCCCCUCCCCUCCCCCCCCCCCCCCGAGCGCCCGCCAGGUGGGGCCGGCCGAGCGGGCAGUGGAUGGGGGCACAGAGCAGGGCGGGCGCGGUCCGAGGGCUGGGUGUUCCUGUCCCCAGACCCACCAGGAGGCCCUGAAGAUGGCGUGGCAGAACUUUCUGAACCUGUGCAUUUGCCAGGAGAGCCAGCUGCAGCAUGUGGAGACGUAUCGCCAGUUCCAGGAAGAGGCCGACUCCGUCAGCCAAACCCUGGCAAAGCUGAACUCCAGCCUGGACACCCAGUACAGCCCUGCCCCUGGGGGGCCCCCUGGCGCCCCCACAGAGCUGCUACAACAGCUGGAGGCAGAGAAGAAGCAGCUGGCUGUCGCUGAGAAGACCGUUGGGGACCUGCAGCGGCGGAGCCAUCAGGUGGCCCCUCUGCAGCAGCGCAGGAACCCCCCCCAGCAGCCUCUGCACGUGGACAGCAUCUGCGACUGGGACUCAGAAGAAGUGCAGCUGCUGCGGGGUGAGCGGUAUGUGUUGAUGGACAACACCGACCAGCACACCUGGGUCGUGCAAGGCCCAGGUGGGGAGACCAAACGUGCCCCAGCCGCCUGCUUCUGCAUCCCGGCUCCGGACCCUGAAGCCGUGGCCAGGGCCUCCAAGCUGGCCUCGGAGCUGCAGGCCCUGAAGCAGAAAUUGGCCACAGUCCAGAACCACCUGACAGCCAGCACUACACAGCCCUUACAGACUGGCCAGCAGGCUCCCGCUGGCUCAGCCCCAGAAGACCCACAGGCCCAGAAGCUCCUGACACAGAUGACCCGACUGGAUGGAGACCUAGGGCAAAUAGAGAGGCAGGUGCUGGCCUGGGCCCGGGCCCCACUGAGCCGCACGGCACCACUGGAGGACCUGGAGGGCCGCAUCCAAAGCCACAAGGGCACAGCCCAGCGGCUGCAGAGCCUGGGAGCAGAGAAGGAGGCAGCCCAGCAGGAGUGUGAAGCAUUUCUGUCUGGCCAGCCCGUGGGCCCCGUGGCCCUGCACCUGCCUGUGGUCCUCAACAGCGUCAAGAACAAGUACAGUGAUGUUCAGGUUCUCUGCAACCUCUACGGGGAGAAAGCCAGAGCUGCCCUGGGUCUGGAGCGGCAGAUCCAGGACACGGAGAGGGUCAUCCGAGGCUUGGAAUCUUCUGUGGCACAGGAGGCCCCUCUCCCUGCCAGCCCAGGCGUGCUGCAGGAGAGGGUCAGCGAGCUGCAGCGCCUGCGGAGGGAGCUGCUGGAACAGCAGGCCUGCGUGCUGGGGCUGCACCGCGAGCUGAAGGCCACCGAGCAUGCGUGCAGCACCCUGCAGAACAGCUUCCGCGAGUUCUGCCAAGAUCUGCCUCACCAGCAGCGCCAGGCGAGGGCCCUCACCGACCGCUACCACGCUGUGGGGGACCAGCUGGACCUGCGGGAGAAGAUGUUGCAGGACGCCAGCCUCACCUACCAGCAGUUCAAGAACUGCAGGGACAACCUGAGCUUCUGGCUGGAGCACCUGCCCCACAACCAGGUGCGGCCCAGCGAUGGGCCCAGCCAGGUGGCCUACAAGCUGCAGGCACAGAAGAGGCUACAGCAGGAGAUCCAGGGCCGAGAGCAGGACAGGGCCAUGGCGUCCCGCCUCUCCCAGGACCUGCAGGCAGCCCUCCAGGACUACGCGUUGCAGGCAGAUACCUACCGCUGCUCCCUGGAGACCACUCAGGCAGGGUCAGCCCCCAAGAGACCCCGAGUAGCUCCCCUGCAGGAGAGCAUCCGGACCCAGGAGAAGAACUUGACAAAGGCCUACACGGAGGUGGCAGCUGCAUGCCAGCAGCAGCUGCGCCAGCUGGAGUUUGCCAGAAGGAUGCUGGAGAAGAAGGAGCUCAGUGAGGAUAUCCAGGUGACCCAUGAUGCACGGCAGGGGUCUGAGGGCCCAGCCCGAGCAGGGAAGGAUUCCGAGGCCCUGAAGUCCCAGCUGGAGGAGGAGAGGAAGCGGGUAGCUCAGGUGCAGCACGAGCUGGAGGAACAGAGGAACCGGCUGCUGCAGCUGAGGACCCGGCGGCCCUCGGAGAGGCUGGAAGAGAAGGAAGUGGUGGAGUUCUACCGGGACCCCCAGCUGGAGAGCGACCUGUCCAGGGUGAAGUCCCAGGUGGAGGAUGAGGGCAAGAAGCGGGCCAGCCUGCAGGCGGACCUGGAGGCAGUGGCCCAGCAGGUGGUCCAGCUGGAGAGCAAGAGGAGGGCCAUGCAGCCCCACCUGCUGACCAAGGAGGUCACCCAGAUCGAGAGGGACCCUGACCUGGACAGCCAGGCAGCCCAGCUCGGCCGCGAGAUCCAGCACCUGCGGGGACAGAACGCCACCGUCUCGGUCCGGCUGGAGGAGCUCAAGACGGAGCUGCUGGCCCUGGAGAAGAAGGAGCCGAAUGUGAAGGAGAAGGUUGUGGUGAAAGAGGUGGUCAAGGUGGAGAAGGACCUGGAGAUGCUCAAGGCGGCCCAGGCCCUGAGGCUGCAGCUGGAAGAGGACACCGUGCGGAGGAAGGGCGCCGAGGAGGCCGUGGCCAAGCUGCGGGCUCGUCUCGAAGAGCUGGAGCGGGCAAUCGGCGCCGUGGAGCCCAAGGUGAUCGUGAAGGAGGUGAAGAAGGUGGAGCGGGACCCGGGCCUUCUCGAAGAGGCGGCGAGGCUGAGGAGCCUCCUCGAGGAGACCCGGAGCGAGAACGCGACCCUGGCGCGGGAGCUGGAGGAGCUGCGGGGAAGGCACGGCGCGGCGGAGAAGCAGAAGCCCAAAGUGGAGCUCCAGGAGCGCGUCCACGAGACCUUCCAGGUGGCUCCGGAGACGCAGCAGGAGAUGGCGAGGCUCAGGGCCCAGCUGCAGGAGACCGCUGGCAAGAGGAGCCGCGUGGAGCAGGAGGUGGCGGCGCUGCUGCCCGACCUGGCGGCCCUGCGCGCCCAGAAGCCCGCGGUGGAGUACAAGGAGGUGACGCAGGAGGUGGUGAAACACGAGAGGAGCCCCGAGGUGCUGCGGGAAAUCGACCACCUGAAGGCGCAGCUCAACGAGCUGGUCAACGGCAGCGGGCGGGCCCAGGAGCAGCUCAUCCGCCUGCGGGGGGAGCGCGACGAGUGGAAGCGGGAGCGCUCCAAGGUGGAGACCAAGACGGUGAACAAGGAGGUGGUGCGCCACGAGAAGGACCCCGUCCUGGAGAAGGAGGCCGAGCGGCUGCGCCAGGAGGUGCGAGAAGCCGCGCAGAAGAGGCGGGCGGCCGAGGAUGCGGUCUCCGAGCUGCAGAGUAAGUACCUGCUGCUGGAGAGGAGGCGGCCCGAGGAGAAGGUGGUGGUGCAGGAGGUGGUGGUCACCCGGAAGGACCCGAAGCUCCGCGAGGACCACAGCCGGCUGAGCCGGAGCCUGGACGAGGAGGCGGGCCGGCGGCGGCAGCUGGAGCGGGAAGUCCAGCAGCUGCAGGCUGGCGUGCAGGAGAAGGAGGGCCUGCUCGGCUUCCAGGAGGACCGGGGCAAGAAGCUGGCCGCGGAGAGGGAGCUGCGGCGGCUGACCCUGAAGAUCCGGGAGCUCGAGGAGCGGCCUCCUGUGCCGCAAGAGAAGAUCAUCACGGAGGAGGUGGUCAAGCUGGAGAAGGACCCGGACCUGGAGAAGUCCACAGAAGCCCUGCGGCAGGACCUGGACCAGGAGAAAGCCCGGGUGACGGGGCUGCAUCGGGAGUGCAAGAACCUGAGGGUCCAGAUCGACGUCCUCCAGACAACCAAAGCGCAAGAGAAGACCAUCUACAAGGAGGUGAUCCGGGUGGAGAAGGACCGGGUGCUGGAGGGUGAGCGGUCCCGGGCGUGGGAGGCGCUCAACAGGGAGCGUUCGGCCCGGCAGAGCCGGGAGGAGGAGGUGCGGCACCUGCGGGAGCGCAUCGACAAGGCCGAGGCGCUGAGGAAGACGCGGGCCCGGGAGGAGGCCGAGCUGCAGAAGGGCCGGGACCAGGCGGCCCAGGAGCGAAGGCAGCUGCAGCAGGAGCUGCGGGAGCUGGAGAAGCAGAAGCAGCAGACGGUGCUGCAUCUGCAGGAGGAGGCGCAGCUGCUCAGCCGGAGGACGGAGAGCGAGCGGCAGAAGGCCGCCCAGCGGGGCCAGGAGCUCUCGCAGCUCGAGGCGGCCAUCCUCCGCGAGAAGGACCAGAUCCACGAGAAGGAGAGGACCCUCCGGGACCUCCACGCCAAGGUGAGCAGGGAGGAGCUCAACCAGGAGACCCAGACGCGAGAGACCAACCUUUCCACCAAGAUCUCCAUCUUGGAACCGGAGACGGGGAAGGACAUGUCCCCAUACGAGGCCUACAAGAAGGGCAUCAUCGAUCGAGGCCAGUACCUUCAGCUACAGGAGCUCGAGUGUGACUGGGAGGAGGUCACCACCUCGGGCCCCUGUGGGGAGGAGUCCGUGCUCCUGGACCGCAAGAGCGGGAAGCAGUACUCCAUCGAGGCCGCCCUGCGCUGUCGGCGCAUCUCCAAGGAAGAGUACCAUCUCUACAAGGACGGCCGCCUCCCCAUCUCCGAGUUCGCUCUGCUCGUGGCGGGGGAGACCAAGCCCUGCUCCUCACUCUCCAUCGGCUCCAUCAUCUCCAGGUCCCCCCUGGCCUCCCCAGCGCCCCAGGGCCCCGGUUUCUUCUCUCCCAGCCUCUCUCUCGGACUCGGCGAUGACAGCUUCCCCAUCGCCGGCAUCUACGACACAACCACAGACAACAAAUGCACCAUCAAGACGGCAGUGGCCAAGAACAUGCUGGACCCCAUCACCGGGCAGAAGCUGCUGGAGGCCCAGGCGGCCACGGGGGGCAUCAUAGACCUCCUCAGCCGGGAGCGCUACUCCGUGCACAAGGCUAUGGAGAGGGGGCUGAUCGAGAACACCUCCACGCAGAGGCUGCUCAACGCCCAGAAGGCCUUCACGGGCAUCGAGGAUCCCGUCACCAAGAAGAGGCUGUCGGUGGGCGAGGCCGUCCAGAAGGGCUGGAUGCCCCGGGAGAGCGUGCUCCCACACCUGCAGGUGCAGCACCUGACUGGGGGGCUCAUCGACCCCAAGAGGACCGGCCGCAUCCCGGUCCCGCAGGCGGUGCUCUCUGGAAUGAUCAGCGAGGAGCUGGCCCAGCUUCUGCAGGAUGAGUCCGGCUAUGAGAAGGAUUUGACAGACCCCAUUUCCAAGGAGCGGAUGAGCUAUAAGGAGGCCAUGGGGCGCUGCCGGAGAGACCCCCUGAGCGGCCUGCUGCUGCUCCCAGCUGCCCUGGAGGGGUACCGCUGCUACCGUGCCGCCUCCCCCUCAGUACUGCGCUCCCUGCCCCUGCGCUGAGGGGGCCAGGCGGUCCCGGGGAGCGGGUGUGAGGGGGAGGGUGGGACACGUGCACUCCUCGCCCCGGGGAACAGCCUCAUCCAAGCGGGUGGGUCCUUCCUCUGAUACCUGUGCUAUUACUCGGAAGUUUGCGGUGUGGGACCCCUCCCCCAACUUUGGCUGCCCAGCCCAUCCCCAGACCCAGCCAUCGGCACGUCUGUCUCUCCUCCCUCCUCCCUGCCCCGGUGCUUCCAAUAAAUGAGUUCUCCCCGCGUCUAGUUCACA